AGAAAAUUAAAAGGGGAAAAAAAAAAUCCCUCUACUAUAGUACGAUACAAACAAAGCCAUCUCCUCUUCUCUCCCUCUUUCAGAUCUCUGAGUCACGUUUCUUCAUCCAUUGCACUGUACUUCUUCUUCUUCUUCUUCUUUUGAUUUCUUAACAUGGUGGUAAACCAGUCUCACCAUGAUCACCACCCAUUUACCUCCCAGCAGCUGGUAUAGACGAUUCUUCCUUCUCAACUGGUGACUGACUGACUGACUCACUCACUGAGUGGUGGGUUGUUGAGAGCUUUAAAACUUCUCAAGACUUUUAGAGGGGUGUUCUUUUGGUUUCUGUACAAGCAAUGGCUGAGAAUAGUGAAGCGAUAGCGGCAAUGCCUGAGGCGGAGAAGAAGAAGGAGCAGAGUCUACCAUUCUAUCAGCUGUUCUCCUUCGCAGACAAGUAUGAUUGGCUUUUGAUGAUCACUGGGAGCCUCGGAGCCGUUGUACACGGCUCCUCCAUGCCGGUUUUCUUCCUGUUGUUCGGCGAGAUGGUCAAUGGUUUCGGCAAAAACCAAACUGAUUUACAUAAAAUGAUCCAUGAAGUCGCCAAGUACGCUCUCUACUUCAUCUACCUUGGAUUGAUUGUGUGCUUUUCAUCCUACGCCGAGAUUGCUUGCUGGAUGCAUAGUGGGGAGAGGCAAGCUGGAGCAUUAAGGAGGAAGUAUUUGGAGGCGGUGUUGAAACAGGACGUUGGAUUUUUCGAUACAGAUGCUAGGACUGGAGAUAUUGUUUUCAGCGUCUCAACGGAUACCCUUCUUGUCCAAGAUGCCAUCAGUGAGAAGGUGGGAAAUUUCAUCCAUUAUCUUUCCACAUUUUUGGCUGGUUUGGUGGUUGGUUUUGUGUCAGCAUGGAGGCUAGCUCUGCUGAGUGUGGCUGUGAUCCCCGGAAUUGCUUUUGCUGGGGGUUUGUAUGCAUACACGCUCACAGGUCUAACAUCCAAGAGUCGCGAAUCUUAUGCCAAUGCCGGUAUAAUUGCAGAACAGGCCAUUGCACAAGUUAGGACGGUUUACUCAUAUGUUGGCGAGAGUAAGGCUCUCAAUUCUUAUUCAGAUGCAAUACAGAAUACUUUGAAACUCGGGUACAAGGCAGGAAUGGCCAAAGGCCUUGGAUUGGGAUGCACCUAUGGAAUAGCAUGCAUGUCAUGGGCCCUGGUGUUUUGGUAUGCUGGUGUUUUUAUCAGGAAUGGACAGACUGAUGGGGGAAAGGCAUUCACUGCUAUUUUUUCUGCUAUUGUUGGGGGAAUGAGUUUGGGUCAGUCGUUUUCCAACCUAGGGGCAUUCAGCAAAGGUAAAGCAGCUGGAUACAAAUUAAUGGAGAUUAUGAAACAAAAACCAACAAUAUUGCAAGAUCCUUCUGAUGGGAAGUGCUUGGCUGAGGUCAACGGGAAUAUUGAAUUCAAAAAUGUAACCUUUAGCUAUCCAUCAAGACCUGAUGUCAUGAUUUUCAGAGAUUUCUCUAUUUUCUUCCCUGCUGGAAAGACGGUGGCUGUUGUCGGUGGUAGUGGUUCAGGAAAGAGCACUGUAGUCUCCCUGAUAGAAAGGUUCUACGAUCCUAAUCAGGGACAAAUUUUGCUGGACAAUGUGGAUAUAAAGACGCUGCAAUUGAGAUGGUUGCGGGAUCAAAUUGGUUUGGUGAACCAAGAACCUGCACUCUUUGCUACCACCAUACUUGAAAACAUUCUCUAUGGAAAGCCUGAAGCAACAAUGGCUGAGGUGGAGGCUGCUGCAACUGCUGCAAAUGCUCAUAGCUUUAUUACCUUGCUUCCUAAUGGGUACAACACUCAGGUGGGAGAGCGUGGCAUCCAACUUUCUGGUGGUCAAAAGCAGAGAAUAGCAAUUGCCAGAGCUAUGUUGAAGAACCCCAAGAUCCUGCUGCUUGAUGAAGCAACAAGUGCCCUGGACGCGGGUUCAGAGAGCAUUGUUCAGGAAGCUUUGGACCGUCUCAUGGUUGGAAGGACGACUGUUGUCGUUGCCCAUCGCCUCUCCACCAUAAGAAAUGUUGAUUCUAUUGCAGUUAUACAGCAAGGCCAGGUUGUAGAAACUGGAACACAUGAAGAACUAGUUGCCAAAGCUGGGGCAUAUGGUUCAUUAAUUAGGUUCCAGGAAAUGGUGGGCAACAGAGACUUUUCGAAUCCAUCAACCCGUCGGUCUCGCUCCACCAGGUUAAGCCACUCGUUGUCAACAAAGUCGUUAAGCCUCCGCUCUGGCAGUUUGAGGAAUUUGAGCUAUCAGUACAGCACUGGGGCUGACGGUCGAAUAGAGAUGGUAUCAAAUGCUGAAACAGAUAGGAAAAAUCCAGCACCACACGGGUACUUCUGCAGGCUUCUUAAGCUGAAUGCUCCUGAAUGGCCUUAUUCAAUAAUGGGGGCUGUAGGAUCCAUUCUGUCAGGAUUCAUUGGUCCAACAUUUGCCAUUGUGAUGGGCAAUAUGAUUGAGGUUUUCUACUACAGAAAUCCUGCUAGCAUGGAAAGGAAAACGAAGGAGUAUGUUUUCAUUUACAUUGGAGCUGGUCUUUAUGCUGUUGUUGCAUAUUUGAUACAGCAUUACUUCUUCAGUAUCAUGGGGGAGAACCUCACUACAAGAGUGCGGAGGAUGAUGCUUGCAGCAAUCUUGAGGAAUGAAGUUGGAUGGUUCGAUGAGGAGGAACAUAAUUCAAACCUAUUGGCAGCCCGCUUAGCCACCGAUGCAGCAGAUGUAAAAUCCGCCAUUGCUGAGAGGAUUUCGGUGAUCCUGCAGAAUAUGACGUCACUGCUCACGUCGUUUAUGGUUGCCUUCAUAGUGGAAUGGAGGGUCUCACUGCUUAUCCUGGCCACCUUCCCACUUCUGGUCCUUGCCAACUUUGCUCAGCAACUAUCACUCAAAGGAUUUGCUGGAGACACUGCAAAAGCACAUGCUAAGACCAGUAUGAUUGCCGGUGAAGGAGUAAGCAACAUUCGAACUGUUGCGGCAUUCAAUGCUCAAGAGAAGAUUAUUUCCCUGUUUUCGCAAGAGCUCCGUGUUCCGCAACUCCGUAGCCUAAAACGCAGUCAAAUCUCCGGUCUUCUGUUUGGUCUUUCCCAACUUGCUCUUUUUGCAUCAGAAGCAUUGAUCCUGUGGUAUGGUUCCCACCUUGUAGGCAAAGGUGUCUCCACCUUCUCGAAGGUCAUCAAGGUGUUCGUGGUUUUAGUCAUAACAGCAAAUUCAGUUGCUGAAACGGUGAGCCUUGCCCCUGAGAUAAUUCGGGGCGGUGAAGCUGUUGGAUCUGUAUUUAUGAUCCUUGACCGCUCAACAAGGAUAGACCCUGAUGAUCCUGAUGCUGAACCUGUUGAAUCAAUCCGUGGUGAGAUUGAACUACGGCAUGUUGAUUUUGCAUAUCCUUCAAGACCGGACGUCAAUGUGUUUAAGGACCUUAACCUCAGGAUUCGUGCUGGCCAAAGCCAAGCACUUGUUGGGGCCAGUGGCUCAGGAAAGAGUUCUGUGAUAGCAUUGAUCGAGCGAUUUUACGAUCCUACCUUUGGGAAGGUAAUGAUUGAUGGGAAAGACAUUAAAAGGUUGAACUUGAAAUCCUUGAGACUAAAGAUUGGGUUGGUACAGCAAGAGCCAGCUCUCUUUGCUGCUAGCAUUUUUGAUAACAUUGCUUAUGGUAAAGAUGGUGCAACAGAAUCAGAAGUAAUUGAAGCUGCUCGUGCCGCUAAUAUGCACGCAUUUGUCAGUGGAUUACCUGAAGGGUACAAAACCCCAGUAGGUGAAAGAGGAGUUCAACUCUCAGGAGGUCAGAAACAACGGAUCGCUAUUGCACGGGCUGUUCUAAAGGAUCCAACAAUACUACUACUGGAUGAAGCCACGAGUGCUCUUGAUGCCGAGUCAGAAUGCGUCCUACAAGAAGCACUGGAAAGGCUAAUGAGAGGUCGAACCACUGUCCUGGUGGCACACCGGCUGUCCACCAUACGGGGGGUAGAUAGCAUUGGAGUCGUGCAAGAUGGACGCAUUGUAGAACAAGGCAGCCACGGCGAGCUAAUUAGCCGGCCUGAUGGAGCAUAUUCUAGGCUCUUGCAACUACAGCACAAUCAUAAUUGAAAAAGCUGAUAUGAGUAUUUUUUUUUUUUUUUCAAUCAUCAGUUACAUGUUUUCAAUAUCAGUUAUAUGGGAUGGUUUGAGAGGGGUAUUGAUCAUGCUCUUUGUCCUAUUAACCAUUCUGUUCAGUUUUUCUUUUGGUUUUGGAGGAUGAUCGUUGUAGAUAUGAUAACUAAGAACUAUCGCUCCAUUCCCAAUGGAGAAGCACUUUGUCAAAAUAUUAGUUGUUUAUCUGUUCGUUACCUUUUCUUUC